CGCAUGCAGCAAGUGCGAAAGCUGCAAGGAGUGAGAAGGGGGAAGAUCGACGGCUAGAGAGACCGAGAUACUAAGAGGAAGCUGGAGCAGGCUUGGCACUGAGCACGGAUAACUAAUACCCGGUUCCUAUCAGCCUCAGCGCCAAAAGUUCCUCACUUGGAUAUCUUCCCUGGAAUGUUGUAGGCGCGCGAACCUGGAGGGCAGAAGCCGCAUUUGGGUCAGGAUAUUAUAAGAGCACCGGAGGAUUUUUUUUUUCUGAGGGAGCUUCAGUUUGCUGCAGCAGCUGCCCAGGGCUGGCAUUGAGUGAUUGACGGAUAGACACGGCUACGGACAGGCGGAGGAACCCUGGCACUGGUGCACACAGGUCAGCAGCUGCAGCUCACCGACUGUGGCUUGGAGCUCUUACACUCAGGGAUGGCAAACUUGCAGUGGCGAUUGGAGAUCUGGGCUGUUCGCCACAUGUUCAAGUAGUGCAGACCGAGAUCAGGAAGAUUUUCAAGGUGAUGCUAAGAAGGAUGUAGGAGAGGAAAGUUAUCACCACCGAUGAGAAAGGUCUGCAGAGUAUGAAAGAGGGCGACAUCAUGGCUGACCAGGAAAAUGUUGAGAAGGUAUCACUGCUGGAGACUUCUGCUGCACCUCUUUGAACUCAUACAGACAUAGCUGGAAGCUCCGAAGGUGAGACUGCUCCUUUCUGGAAGUUGCCAUCAGGACAAAUGACAUAGGAUGAACACUGCCUGUCUUCUCUUACUGUCUGUCAUAUCGUCCCUCCUUCGGCUAACAUCAGGGUUAGAUCUUGGUCACAACGCAUGUUCAGCAUUGGUCUCUGGUGUGCUGUAUGGUUCUUUCUCACUUAGAGACAUAUUUCCAACAAUCUCUGCUGGCUGUUCUUGGACCUUGGAAAACCCCGACCCCACAAAGUACUCACUGUACCUGAAAUUCAACAGAGAGGAACAGGUGUGCACCCACUUUUCUCCAAUGGUACUGUCGCUGGACCAUUACCUCUCCAACCAGAGCUGCACUCAUGUGGAUUAUGUUGACUAUGAUGGCCUGGAGCUCUGUGAAAGCAGGACCCCUUUCACCUUUUUGCACUUUGAUAAAAAUUUUGUGCAACUUUGUCUCACAACAGAACCAGAGUCUGUACAGUUCUUGACUGAAGAUAUGCUGGAGUUCCAUUUUGUGGAACUUGUUUUGAUCAACAAUGACAACUCCAGUCAGUUUACUUGUGGAGUUUUAUGCCGAUGGUUUGAAGACUGCUUGCGUGUUGGGGACUGGAGCCAUCAGUGUGGGAUUAUGCAGAAUGGAUGCAUUUGCCCAGACAUACCUAGAUGGCGAAAUGCUUCAGUUUCAAAUGUUAUUUUAACAUUAUCCAGCAAUGAUUGCUGUGUGACAGAACUGCAUUCUGGGAAUGCUAAUGGGUUAAAUUCGGGAGAAGUAAUGUAUGGGACUGCAAUGGUUGAUGAUCAGAAAGUGAAAACUCAGCGCCCAAGAUCAGCAGACAAGCCUGGAAUCUUCAUGGCACAAACAGGAGAUCCAGCCGCAGAGGAGUGGACCCAGUGGAGUGUCUGUUCUCUGACAUGUGGACAGGGGUGGCAGGUGCGGACACGUUCUUGUGUAUCAUCUCCCUAUGGUACUCUUUGUAGUGGUCCAUUGAGGGAAACACGGAUUUGUAAUAACACUGCCACCUGCCCAGUUCAUGGGCUGUGGGAGGAGUGGUCAUCAUGGAGUCUGUGCUCCGUUACCUGUGGACGAGGAUCUAGGACAAGGACGCGGAUAUGCAUAGUGCCACAGCAUGGCGAUAAGGCAUGUGAGGGUCCUGAGGAGCAUACCAAACCUUGCAAUCUUGCAGUGUGCCCUGCCGAUGGAAAAUGGGGUUCAUGGAACCAGUGGAGUAUGUGCUCUAAGACAUGUGACUCAGGCCGGCAGAGACGGACCCGGAUGUGCCAGGGAACAGGAGUUCAAGGUUAUCCAUGUGAAGGCUCUGGCGAGGAAAGCAGGAUCUGCAACGAAAAAAAGUGCCCAGCUCUGCAUGAAAUGUGCAAAGAUGAACACAUUCCUCCAAUGACAUGGAAGAAAACUGCAGCUGGGGAGGUAGUUUACAACAAGUGUCCAGCAAAUGCAACUGGAUCAGCUAGUCGAAGGUGCUUGUUAAAUGCGGAUGGAGUAGCCUACUGGGAUCCACCAAGUUUCGCCAGGUGCAUCUCCCAUGACUAUCGGUACUUACAUAUAUCACUUAGAGAACAUCUUGCAAAAGGGCAGAGGACAGCAGCGGGUAUAGGGAUGUCACAGAUCGUCAGAAGUCUUUGGGAGCUGUUUUCUCGGAAGACCUAUUUCAGUGGAGAUCUUCUGUUCUCUGUAGAAAUUCUACGAAAUGUGACAGACACAUUCAAGAGGGCCACCUACAUCCCUGCCUUCGAUGAUGUACAGAGGUUCUUUCAGAUAGUAAGCUAUAUGUUGGAGGCAGAAAACAAAGAAAAAUGGGACGACGCGCAGCAGGUUUACCCUGGAUCUGUUAAUUUAAUGAAGGUAGUAGAAGAUUUUAUACAUCUUAUUGGAGACGCUCUAAAGCCGUUUCAGAGUUCGCUGAUUGUAACGGACAACCUUGUGAUUAGCAUUCAGAGAGAACCUGUAAGUGCCGUCUCCAGCGAUAUUAACUUCCCAAUGAAGGGCAGGAGAGGAAUGAAGGAAUGGGCACGGUAUUCCGAUGACAAACUCUUUAUUCCCAAGGAGGUUUUCAGCCUCUCAUCUUCAGAAUGGGAUGAAUCUGCGCAUUUUGUCAUUGGAACCGUGCUGUAUCGUACGCUGGGCUUAAUCCUUCCUCCUCCAAAAACACCAUUAAUAGUAAGUUCCAGAGUGAUGGCCGUGACAGUGAGACCGCUGCCAAAAUCUUCAGAGUCAACAGUUGCGGUGGAGCUUUCUCCAGUUCUCAAUGGAACAUCAGAGCCACAGUGUGUAACAUGGGACUAUUCCAAAUCAGAUGCUGGCACGGGAAACUGGGACACAGAAGGCUGCCAAACCGUCCUCUCUCAUUCUUCUUACACCAAAUGUCUCUGCAAUCAGCUGUCCACGUUUGCUGUUCUAGCUCAGGAACCUAAAGAUCUGGUUAUGGAUCCUUCAGGGACCCCUUCUCUACCUCUGAUGAUUGGAUGCGCUGUGUCCUGUAUGGCUUUGCUAAUCCUGCUUGCUGUCUAUGCUGCAUUUUGGAGGUUUAUCAAGUCUGAGCGAUCAAUUAUUUUGCUGAACUUCUGCUUGUCAAUCCUGGCAUCGAAUGUUUUUAUUUUGGUCGGUCAGUCGCAGACGCUCGGCAAGGUAAACGAGGGACUGUGUGCCACGACUGCUGCGUUUCUUCAUUUCUUCUUCCUGUCGUCCUUCUGCUGGGUUCUUACAGAGGCUUGGCAAUCAUACCUAGCUGUGAUUGGUAAACUCCGAACCCGUCUCAUCCGCAAACGCUUCCUUUGCUUGGGUUGGGGUCUGCCAGCACUGAUUGUUGCCAUUUCUGUUGGGUUUACCAGAGCAAAAGGAUAUGGAACAAUAAACUACUGUUGGUUGUCACUAGAAGGAGGAUUACUUUAUGCCUUCGUUGGGCCUGCUGCUGUUAUUGUCUUGGUGAAUAUGCUUUUUGGGAUCGUGGUUUUCAAUAAAUUAAUGUCCCGGGAUGGAAUCUCAGAUAAGUCUAAAAAGCAGCGCGCUGGGGCCUCUCUCUGGAGUUCUUGUGUUGUACUGCCAUUGCUUGCCCUGACCUGGAUGUCAGCUGUCCUUGCCAUAACAGACAGGCGAUCAAUUUUAUUUCAGGUUCUGUUUGCGGUUUUUGACUCUGUGCAAGGCUUUGUUAUCAUCACAGUUCAUUGUUUUCUCCGCAGAGAGGUCCAGGAUGCAGUAAAGUGCCGGUUUGGUGUUUGUAAAGGUGAAGGGGGUGAGAAUUCACCAGAUUCCUGUAAAAAUGGCCAGGUACAAAUCAUGACAGAUUUUGAAAAAGAUGUGGACUUGGCUUGUCAAACAGCCAUUUUCAAAGAAGUAAACACCUGCAACCCAGCUACAAUCACAGGGACGCUUUCACGAAUUUCACUUGAUGAUGAAGAUGAUGCCAAACUAAACACCAGCAGUGAAGGAGUUAAUUUUUCAAAUCUCCCAGGAAAUGUAGCACCUACCAAUAUUUUACUACAGAUCCCUAAGAUGGGACACAGUGCUUUAAAAGGCAUUAAUAAGUUGACUGAACAGACAGUAGAGAAAGACAUUAAUACUGACUCCAGAGGACCUCUUUAUCAUUGUACUGAGAACAACCUCAGACCAAUAGAGAUAAACUGGGCAAGAACCCAGGACAAACCAAUAGAAAGUGACUAUAUGGUUCUUCCCAGGAGAACUGUGAGCUUAAAGCCAUUUAUUAAAGAUGAAGGAAAACUAAAAAUAAACACAGAGGAGAUUCCCUGUGUUACCAUUGGACACAGGCCCAUGGAGUCAGAGGCCUACCCCAGUUUUGUUUCUGUGGACCACAUUAAUAUCAAUCUGAACCAACCCUAUGGGACUCUGAAACAUCCACAUGGACUGCAGUUUAAGCAGCAUCCAUCUGUCAGGCAAAUUUUAGCAUCAGAACUCAGUGAAAAAAGUAGAACUAUGCCUCGCAGUACGCAGAGCUCAUCAUCGGCAUCUGUAGGCUCAUUAGAAAGAAAAAGGUUAAGAUAUUCAGAUCUGGACUUUGAGAAAGUGAUGCAUACGAGGAAGCGGCACUCAGAGUUGUACCAUGAGUUGAAUCAGAAGUUCCACACACUGGACAGGUACAGCAGGAAAAGAGCAUCGUAUGAGGACAAGCCAUCUGUAGAAGAAAAGCAACCCUGGCAAACUUACAGAGCAAUGACGCUAAACACGGUGCACUCUGAACCAAAAGAGAAAUUAGAACUGCACUCUACAGACUGGGAAAAACCCUCCACUAUCCCUUUGGAUUUAUCUGAAGGGGACUUUCAGACUGAAGUGUGAGGAUUCUGCCAUAAGUCUGUAUAUCUCUCAUGCUACUUUCAGGAAUUGUUUUCAAUUCCCUAAGCAAUGCUGAUCUUUAUUUAAGAUGAAGACUAAAAAUAAGGACAAACUCUUUCUGCACUUGCUUUUUUUAAAGGAAGAUAUUUCUCACUGGGACAUGGAGUCACAACAGAGAUGAAAAUGUUUAACUCUUCGGUCACAUAAUUCAGCUCUUCUACUUUUACAGUUUUGAAUAAAAUGUUAGACAUAUGGUCUGCCACCAGUUCUGAGCACUUUUCCUAUGACCACGCUGUCGGUGUCACAUUCGAAUCUGCAGCCAUAUUCUGCUUUUUUUUGGGCAAUGGAAAACCAAAUUCCUUUAUGGUGGUGUGAGAACAUGUUUGGCUGUUGCUGUGUCAUAAAUUAAUAGAAACGGCAGCACUAAAAGUUGCACAUAUUGUGUGCUGCAAGGAUGUCAGUGGAAUUAUACCUUAUGGGUGCUGCAAGAGUUAAAAAAACCUUCCAGUGCCAUCUUUAACAAGCACAUCUGUGUGAUCUUGUUGAAAAUAACGUUAAUGGAAGCAUGUUGUAGGAUGAGGGGUGUCCACUGAAGAAUGCUUAGCAAUGACAAAAGAUGAUUGGCUUCUUCUAGUCUAUUUAGAACAUGCUGAAACGUGUCUUUUAUUAGCUAAAUAAGAGUGCAUUGUAUAUGAUUAAUAGUUGUCCUUCUACAGGUGAUGUAGGCAAAAACAGAUUUACGUCCUCCAAGUAAACAAAUUAAUAUAUAUAUUAUAUAUUAAGAAAAACUAAAAUCUGGUACUUACUGAUACAAAAAUGUGGAGAAAGAGAAUACAGGUAUGUCUUAAAGUCAGAGAAUGUGAAUUAAUAAGAUAACACACAGCAUAGCACAUCUUAUAAGAUGGAUGACAUUGAACUAUCACUCUGUUUAACGUAUCUAUGUCAUUGAUAUAAAAUCCUCAAAUAUGAAUGUAUGGAUAUCAGAAUGAAUUGUUGGUCUACAAGUUCCCACUUUAAAUUUCACCCCAGCAAUAAACCCGGACAGAAACUGAGGUUAAAAAACACACAUCUGAAGUAAUGCAUGCCAUAUACAUUUUUAUUUCAAACUUUUAAUAAUAAUGUAUACUUCCAGCAAUAAUGUUAUGUAGAAACCGAUGGGAGUCACCAUCCUUACAUGUAUUACAGCACUAAGCAAGUAGAAGUGCCAGUUACCUGCCAGUUUGGAUGCAGAAUUUUCAAAAUGUGUUUUUAAUAGUCAUCAACCCAGUUUAUUAUAUACACAUGAAAAAAGCUGGACUGUACUAGUAGCAUAUUUAUAGACUGAAGCCAUUCUCCCCUGACCAGUGCUUUGAAACGAGGCACAUAUGUUAUAGCUUACAUUCUUGUUUUGUAAAGCAAGGCAGGCCAAAAUGUCCAGACUAGAAAAGGCAGAUCACUUGCUAGACUUCAGCUAUUAAAGGUGGAAAUGCCAGUCAUCAGAAGAUAAAAGAGACAGAGGGAACAUUCAUAACCAGAAUAAAAACAUUUAGAACAGUUUAUGGAACAAAUAUAGACAGUAUAUGUUAACUAAAAACAAACUUUUGAAGACCAAACCAGGAAACACAAAAAGAGCCAGUCCUAGGAUACAAAUCCAAAAACCACUCUGGAACAGUAUAUUAUACUGUUCCAGAGUGGUUUUUGGAUUUGUAUCCUAGGACUGGUUCUUUUUGUGUUAUAUGUUAACUAAAUCUCAAAAAUAAGAUCUGAGUAAAACUUAAAACAUUAUUAAGAGCAGACCUUUUCAGAUGCCACAAGUACCAGAAAGUUCACCUUUAGGAGACAUGCCAAGAAAUGAAACACAGCUAAAGAGUAAAUGCCAAAGAAUGAAGCUGGAGAUUUUGAACUGAAACACAAGUCCUAGAUUCAGGGCAUGUAACGUACUGUAAAUGAUCCACUCGGAAACAAAAACUGAGUACAGCAAAUGCCAGACUCACACAGGCACCUUAGAUAAUAAUUUAUUUAGUCAGUUCAUAUAAAAUACAUCAUAUCAAUGCGUCGCACAACCUUUUAGAAAAUCUUUUAGUCCUUCCAUUGUACAGUUGUCAGAGUGAAUGAAAGUUCACAAAUCCAAAAUGCUUGCAGGGAUUAUACAUGGUUUAGUGUAUUCUCUAAGAACAUAAAUACCAAGGAUGUAGUAAAUAUACCAGAGUUGUAACUAAGAAAGGUGUUAAAAUGUAAAAGCAGAGAUGAAAUUACGAAAUUGCUAAGAUUAAGGCACAUUAUGUAUGAAAUUACGAAAUUGUUAAGAUUAAGGCACAUUACGUAUGACAUAUAUAACUAUGUCUCACUAUCAGCUCUAACAAUACCAGAUAAAUGCAAAUCUGUUGUCAGGUAAGAGCCAGGAGAUACCAAGGGAUGUGGACACUGUAGGAAUCACAAACUGCACCAUAUAUAUAUAUAUAUAUAUAUAUAUAUAUAUAUAUAUAUAUAUAUAUAUAUAUAUAUAUAUACACACAAGUGACACUGAGAACUGAUUAGUUAUCACUGAUAGAGCACAGUACAUGUCGGACAUGCACCAGUAAGGUAUCACUAGAAAUAGCACAUUUAAUACAAAUAGGUGGAACACAGAAUGCCAGGCAGAGACCUCGUAAAUUAACAAAUACUUGUUUGGGAUACCAUAAGUAUAUGUAGAGAUGUCAUCAAUAUACAGACUAUCUACACAAGCAGGGCUAAGGAGCUUAAACAAGAAAAGCUCUGUGAUUCAGUAAAACUGGUGACAGAAACAGAAGAUUUACAGUGCAAAUACCAGAAAUAUACCGGUCUUCAUAUUUGUAAUCUAAGGACCAUGACUCAUCAUUUAAAUGUGUUUACCAGGAAUGCAGUGAUUUUCUUCACAAAAGACAUAUUCACUUAACAAAUUAUUAUUUUUUUUUGUACUUGUACAGUGAACACUGUAGAUGAACACUUGGUGUGAAAAUAAAUGCUGUUUUAUUACAGAA